UUGCAGGCCCGCCCUCUGGGGCACCAUGCUCCGCACCCUGGGGAAGAUGCUGAGUUCCCUGAAUGUCUCUCUGCCAGGCGGCCUCUUCUCCGUCCUGCUUCUGCAGGUGUCCCUGCGGGUCUCAGAUUCAUUCCUAGUCGUCGGCCCCUCAGAGCCCAUUGUGGUCAUGCUGGGUGCGGACGCUGUGCUCCCCUGUUAUGUUGACCCAGCCAUGAGUGUGGAGAACAUGGAGCUGCGGUGGUAUCGCUCCCAGUUCUCAGAGGCUGUGUACAUGUAUCAGGAUGGGAUGGAGCAGACAACACAACAGCUCGAAGAUUUCAAAAGGAGAACAGAGCUGGUGAAGGAUCGCAUGUCCGAGGGAAGAGUGGCUGUAAAGAUCUAAUGUCCGGGUGUCUCUGACAAUGGAAUGUACCGGUGUUUCUUUAGAAAGGGCAGCGACUUUGAAGAAGCCACUUUGGAGCUAAGGGUGGUAGGUCUGGGUUUUGGCCCUCACAUCCUCAUAGUGGGUCCAGAAGACAACGGAAUAAAGCUGACGUGCACAGGGAAGGGAUGGUUCCCCCAGCCUGAGAUACAGUGGAGGGGCACACGCGGAGAGGAGAUGCUAUCGCUUUCUGAGGACGAGACCCAGGGUGACGAUGGAUUGUUUCAAGUGGAAGUGUCCCUCAUCGUGAGAGACAGAGCCAAGAAUAAAGUGUCCUGCUCCAUGAAAAACCCCUUCCUUGGACAAGAGCAGGUGAAAACCAUUUCUAUCCCAGAGCCCUUCUUUCCUAGUGCCUCUUCCUGGAGCCAUAUGGCAUUUGCUUUGGUUUCACUCUCUCUGACCAUUUUACUGAUUGCUGCUGUGGUUUGGGUCUGGUGGGAAAAACAGCAAAAAAGAAGAGUACAGAGAGCCAAGGAAGACGAAAUGAAAGAGAGGAGAGCCAAAGAAUCACUCCAGAAAGCACACGGUGGUUACUCUCUUUCUAUGAAGACGUGGUAUCAGUACGUGCGUGUUUCUCUGGUUUUAAGAUCACCUCAUUCCAGCCUCACCCUGUCAGAGAAUAGAUGUGUUUCUCAAAGUGAGGAUGGUGUUCAGAACUGUGACGACAUGGCCUGCCGAUGGGAAGAGGAAGCUCAAAGAAAGUUUAGUGCUCUAGGUCACAAUUUCUUUACCACCGGUAAAUAUUAUUGGGAGGUAGAACUUACAGGGAGGGGCGAUGGAACUGCAAGUAGGUGGGAUGUUGGUGUUUAUUCAAAACAAAUCAAGAAACCAGGCCGGCUUCGAAAAAUUCCAAGUCACUUUUGGGGGCUGACCCUCAGCAAAGGUGAAGUUUGGGCUCAGAUCAAGCCACCCAAGUUUCUGUUUCGGAAGCAGCCCCCCCACAGGAUCGGCCUCUUCCUGGACUGUGAGGCAGGGACCCUGUCCUUUUACAACAUGGAGACGAGCGUCCACAUCUUCUCCUUUGUUGGGAUCACCAUUCCUGGGUCCCUCCGCCCUUUUUUUAGCCUUCGGGGUCCUGACACUUCUGUUCGAAUCUGCUCAGCUCCAGAUCACGUUGAACAUCUCUCCGAAUCAUUGUCAAGUAAACCCAUGACUAAUUUAGGGGACUGUGGUACAGAUGCCCCCGAGGAGGCAAGCCCCCUCUUAAUCCCUUAAGAAGUGAACACCCAACACCUCCAUGGCCUCCACUCGGGCUGUUUGUGGGGUUCAGAAAGUUGUCCUUCAGCUGGCCAGUCACUCAUAUGAACUCACAGCAAUGGUGACAGCACGCACAGGUCCCAUGCCAGCUCAAACCAGACAAAAUCCCAGUAAAGACACGGAGAAGUAAGAAACUGAUCGCUGCUUGGAGGAGGAGAAGUGGUUUCCUUUAAGGAUGGGACUCUUGGUAUGUUCCCCAGGCUCCAGUGAAUGAACUCCCUCUGAAGGACAUUGGGGACACAAAUUAGACUCUAUAAUCCUUAUUAUAUAGCUAUUAUUAUAUCUAUUUAAUAGAGUACAUUAAACUGGGCAGGGGGCAGUAAGAGGCGGUUUGGAUGGGGGAUCUAAAUACCAUCAAAACGUACUAUAUGAAAAUCACAGAAAAUCACAAACAUUCAAUUAGAAAUGAAACCAUGACAUUUGUAAGAAAAUGGGUGAGACUGGAAAUUGCUAGGUUAAGCAAAAUAAACCACAUGUAGACAAAUAAAGACGUGAAAGGUCACCCCCUCAGGCCCUCCAUUUAUUCCACUCAGGAUCUUUGUGGGGUUCAGACAAUUGUCCUUGGUGGUUUGUAGGUCAGUUUCUGUACUUGAGAUUUCAGCUUCUUUAAAGAACAAGAGGCAGAGAGAAAAAGGAGAAUCUUGAGAAGCCCAUGGAGAUUUCCCACUGGAGAAAUGUGGCUUUCCUGUGAGUGACAACCAUUUGUCGGAAGAAAACUGCAAACAAGUGUGUGGGUCUCUGUCUUGUUUGACUCCCAGUCUGUGUUGAAGUAAAAAAAGUUAAAACUACA